AGAGUGUGGCUGCUUUUGCGAUGGCAGCAAGCUGCGGCUGCACGUUAAACUAGCUAAGCUAGCUUCCCGGCUCCGGCUGCAUGCUGCCUCGCUCCUGAUUGAACAUGGGUGCUUUACAGCCAUCAUCACGCAAUUACAAAAGACUCCCUGCAUAUAGUAGUACACGACGCAUGGGCCAUUGGGGAUAAACAAUGGCGCAAGAUGCAGCGGCUGCCCCAAUUUACUAAGCAAAACGUUUCUAACAAAUCCGACAGAUUGUCACCAGGGCAUCGAUCGAGUACUUAAUCCAGUGAGCCAGACUUUUUCUAGUGUGCACAUGCCAUUCUGAUUGUGACUUGUGAGAGCUAGCUAGCUAGUAGGUCGAUUGGGAAUCAAGAGCACGCCAUUGCUGGGCGGGCAGCAGCAGAUGGGGAGGGUACACCCUUGCUGCUCCGAGGAGAAGAAGGUGAGGAAAGGGCUGUGGUCGCCGGAGGAGGACGAGAGGCUCACGUCCCACAUCGCCCGCUUCGGCGUCAGCUGCUGGAGCUCCAUCCCUGAACUUGCAGGCUUGCAGAGGUGCGGCAAAAGCUGCCGGCUGCGGUGGAUGAACUACCUGCGGCCGGACCUCAAGCGCGGCCGCUUCUCCCAGCAGGAGGAGGACCUCAUCAUUGCGCUCCACAAAGCACUUGGCAACAGCUGGUCCCAGAUCGCGGCGAGGCUGCCCGGGAGGUCGGACAACGAGAUCAAGAACUUCUGGAACGCGCGGCUGCGCAAGAAGCUCCGGCAGAAGGAGGCGUCGUCCACGACCGGGAGCAAAGAGCCCGCCGCGAGCCACCACCGCCGUGGCGGCGAGGACGGCGGGAGCGGGACACAUCCGCCACCGCCAGCCGUGCAGUUCAACCCAGUCCCGGCUCCCGAGGACCGUCCGCGCCCUGCCGGCUAUGUCGCCGACCCAGCUGCCGCCGGUAGCACCGCGGCGGCAGGUGGUUCUCCUCUUGUGGCCGGGAACGCCGCAGCUGCGGAGUCGGUAGCGCCGUCGCCGACGAGCACCACGAGCGCGUGCACGGAGGCGGGAGGCUGCGACGACGGGUUCCUCAAGGCGAUGGUCGAUGACGCGAGCUUCCUGUUCGGGGAUUUCUACCUUGACGGCAACCAAGAUGGGUCGAUCAGCUUCUGGGAAGGUCAUGCGUUCUGCUGAUUUCUUUAGUUUGCUUCUUGUUCUUGUUUUCCUUUUCAGUGUUCGGCUCCAUUUGUUCCUGGGUAACACAAAUUCAAGUUGCUUCAUGUAACAUGAGUGUGUGUUUGUGUGUGUA